CGCGCGUCGGAUUUGGGCAGCCAAACAACUUGUCUAUUUCUACUAGUAAUUAAAACCAAAAUCAGAACAAUCAUGAGCACCAAUGAAAAUAACAGUGAAGUGGCCGUUGACAAGGUCGGAGAUGAGAAGGCGGACGCGAAAAGUGAUCUAAAAGGAGCGAAAAGGGCAGCAGAGGAUAAACCAACAGAAGCGAAAAAGGCGCGAAAGGAAGAAAAUGGCGGCGGCGGCGAAGACGAACCACACAGUGACGAGGAAGAUCUAGAAGGAGAAGGCGAGGGCGAAGAAGAUGACGAUGAAGAAGUUGAGGGUGAGGAAGGCGAAGAGGACGACGAAGAAUUAGGGGAAGGAGAGGAUGACGAUCUCGAAGAUGAAGAAGUAGAAGAGGAAUUAUUAGGCGAAGAAGAGGAGGAUGACGCGUAAUACGCCUCGUGCCUCUAUAAGGACAAUGUCACAGUGAUGUGUUGUGCUCGUGACGGCCCGACUGGCGCGGCCUCGCCUCGCCCCAACUGUCAACCGCGAUGGUAGCCCC